CGCCUUAGAGACCGCGGGACAAGAAGGGACUCGACCGUAAACAUUGCCUUCCCUGCAACUUAUUUCUUCCUCUUAUUGCAAUAUUGCACGAUGGUUUCCGCCGCCGAUGAGCCCAGAAUGCGUGUCAAUGGUGCAACACUCGCUCAGCAUAAUGGCAGGCCUGUGGUGCUCAUGGGACAGGUUGAAAAGAUUGAUCCAUCGGGAAUAAUGGUAAUGGUGAAGGCAAGUGAUGGUCAGUCAGUCCAGGUCAAGUUACAGGAGCCACUGCAGGAAAACCUUGAAGGUCUUAUAGAAAUCCAUGGCUUUUGGUCAAGGUCGUCAAGUUAUGUGCCAGAGUUAUGUGUCCUUCCCCAUGGAAUAUGCCAGCAGUUUUGAUAUGGAUGCCUACGAUCAAGCAAUCAGACUUUUGCACUCAGUAACUCCAAAUCCGUGGAAAUUUGACUAAUUUUCCUUGAGUAUUAGUUUUACUUUUUUUUUUUUUUUCCUAAGGAAAACAGCAUUUAUUUCAAGAAAAUGUAUCUUUUGUUUGCAUUGAAAUAAUUACAAAAUGUUUGGUAAGACUGUGGGCCAUUGUAAAAAUAUGAUGGCUAGUUGUGAUGUAAAGACAAAUAUUAACAUAUUGUCAAAUAAUAUCAGUGGAAGAAAGAAUUAUACAAGCAUAAGAAAGAGAUAUUUGUUAUAAUACCCAUUCAUUGAGCUUAAUAAAGCUGUAUUUUAAAAAG